AUCGUGUUGAUAUAAUUAUUGUCAGUUUAUGUUAUUUGGCCAUUCCGAUUUUCAAUGGGUAGAUUACGGCGCGACGUCUCGUAUCAAGUCAGUACAAUUGAUAAAUCGCUUUCCGAAUUUUAUCGCGGUAAAAGGUAAAUUUUGCGUGAAAACCGCUGUCGAAUGUACAGAAUCGAAUAAUGCGCAAUUGUAGGAUGCAUUUGUGAAUCGGCAUUGAUACGCGAUAGCGAUUAAUUCCUCGAUUCGACACCGAAAUUUCGUAGUCGCAGCAUAUCAUGUCGCGAACAGCGCUACGCGUGAGCUGCAUUGCGAAGUUGGUGACACCUAUCAAAGUGCAUCGCGCACCUAAUAUCACGCUGACAGUUUUGCCGCGCAAAAUUAGCGUCAUCGUAUUUCACGUUGUUCACUCGUUUCGAUACGUGCAAAUGCAAUAAGCAAUGAGUCGUGUAAAAUGAUGCGCGGUUGGAUAAAAUAACUUUCAUGUAAUUAGCCGUGCUUUUCCAAUUAACUCGAGUGUCCGAGCAACGCGUCGAUUGUGUUCUGCGUUACUCGUUUGUUCGAAAUAUAUCGCGUGCGUGUCGGGAGUGUGCCACGGUCCUAACCUCUCAACGAUUAGUGCGCGCAAUUGUUUGUCGAUCGAAUCGCGAGUUUGUGUGAGUGUUUCGGAACAAGAAAGCAAUUCGGCGAGGAUGCAACGACGAGAAUGCAAUACUCGGUACAACAGCAAGGAUGCAAUAGCGGUAAUGCAACGAUGCAACGCGAUGCAACGACGAUGCAACGGCAGUGCGUCGACUGGUUUACCAAUCACCGCAGGACCAUCUCUCAGUGACGUAGGUAGUGGCGUCUGCCCACACUGGAAAAUACGCAAUGACAAGAGACGGCUUCUUUCGCAAAAUUUGAAAGAGUCUACUGUAAUCACUGAUGGGCCCAAUUGGUAUGUAAAUGUUGCUGCGCGCAACUUCGCCGCUACCGCAGACAAUCACGCUACUACUAGCUGA